AUGAUUCUAAGAACUGAAGAGAUUAAAUUCAAUCAACAGAACGUGAUAAGUCAAGCUUCUAAUCAUUCUGCAGGUCAAGCUUCAAAUUAUUCUGCAGAUCAAGCUUUAAAUCAUUCUUCUACAAGCUCAGAACAAUUAACAUUCACAGAUAUCAGUUUGACCAUCUGGAAUCAAUUUAAGCAAAUUUUUGAUUGGAUCAUGACCAAAAAUAAUUAUACUUUGGAGAAGAUGUGCCUUUCUGUAGCUAUGGAUAUUCAUUCAUUGGGAGGAAAUAUUAAGAAGGCGAUGAUACAAGGGUUUUAUGAAAGAAAUAUUAAAAAGAAGAAUGGUUAUAUUAGUACUCUAGAUCAAAUUGAUUUAUGGAUUGAUAGUAAAACAAAUAAUCUAGGUAGUGAGUAG